AUGCGAAUGCUCAAUGAACAAGAUCAGAACGACGUGGAGGUGUCGUGGGAGGAUCAGCAGUCCAUCAAUGCCUUUUCUCGGCUCAACUCGACCUACUCUGACGUCGAGGAGGACCUGCGGGUGAAGCGCGAGGAAAAGGAGGCACUCGACGACCUCGCCAUGGAGCUCGAGCUGGCAGACGAGGACGACGAGGUGCUCUACAAGAUCGCGGACUCGUUCGUCUCUAUACCCCACGCUGCUGCCAUGGAGCGCCUCGAAAGGGACCAGGCAGAGGCCGAUGAGCAGAUCGACGCACUCAAGGCCAAGCUCGACGAGUACGACGAGGGGAUGAAACAGCUCAAGGUCAAGCUGUAUGCCAAGUUCGGAGAGAACAUCAACCUUGAGCGGGACUGA